UUUCCUUGGCCAGGGCUGGCCAGGGUUUCGCAGACAUUUUCUCUGCUGAAGUCCUGUCUCCAGUACACACGCACCUCGGCGCCUAGCAUAAGGGAUGAAAGAGCUGGCAGAGUAUUGAGGCUGUCUGGCCGGUGGCGCGCUACCUUCUUUCAAGAAUUCUUAGAUCCAUCCGCUGCCACUGUCGCUGUGCUCUAGCAGGUUCGAUAAGGAAGUGACUGGGGAAAUCAAGGCAGGCUCUGCUCUGCACCACGCCAAGGCCCCACUGCAAGGGAGGGAAGGCCAACCUGACUCCCUCGAUUGCCUCUCUCUUUCGUUUUCUGAAGCUGCAGCACCGGGCAGGACCGACGCAGCAGGACCCCUCCAGGGGUUCCCAGGCGAGGAGGGGACACCAAGGAGUGACCGAGACAUAAGCUCCUGGACCACGGUCCCUACUCGAUGGGGCUCGAGCGCGGUCCGCCGACCACCUAUUUCGUAAACAACAUUUAAAAACUGUAUCAAAGUCCAUUCUCAAGACUUACUCCUCCGAGAUGGAGAAAUAUGAAAAGAUUGGGAAGAUUGGAGAAGGCUCCUACGGGGUGGUGUUCAAGUGCAGAAACAGGGACACGGGUCAGAUCGUGGCCAUCAAGAGAUUUCUGGAAACUGAAGAUGACCCUGUCAUAAAGAAAAUCGCCCUGCGAGAAAUCCGCAUGCUCAAGCAACUCAAGCAUCCUAACCUUGUCAACCUCCUGGAGGUCUUCCGGAAGAAGCGGAGGCUUCACCUGGUGUUUGAGUAUUGCGACCACACAGUGCUUCAUGAGCUGGACAGAUACCAGCGAGGGGUACCAGAGCAUCUCAUGAAGAACAUAACUUGGCAGACACUGCAGGCUGUAAAUUUCUGUCAUAAGCACAACUGCAUACACAGAGACGUGAAGCCGGAAAACAUUCUCAUCACGAAACACUCGGUCAUUAAGCUCUGUGAUUUUGGGUUUGCACGGCUUCUCACUGGACCAGGUGACUACUACACAGACUACGUGGCCACCAGGUGGUACCGCUCGCCUGAGCUGCUGGUGGGGGACACACAGUAUGGCCCCCCAGUCGAUGUCUGGGCGAUUGGCUGCGUCUUUGCUGAGCUGCUGUCCGGAGUGCCUCUGUGGCCGGGAAAAUCUGACGUGGAUCAGCUCUACCUGAUAAGGAAAACCCUGGGGGAUCUCAUUCCCAGGCACCAGCAAGUAUUUAGCAUGAAUCAGUACUUCAGUGGGGUGAAAAUUCCAGACCCUGAAGAUAUGGAAACCCUUGAAUUGAAAUUUCCAAACAUCUCCUACCCUGCCCUGAGCUUCUUAAAGGGCUGCCUCCACAUGGACCCUGCUGAGAGGCUGACAUGCGAACAGCUGUUGCAGCAUCCGUAUUUUGACAGCAUUCGAGACGCUGGGGAUCUGACCAGGCAGGACGACAAGUCCAUGAGGAAGACCCUGAGACAGAGUCGAAAGCACCUGGCUGGGUUGCAGUACCUACCUCAGUUGACUAGCAGCAGCAUCCUCCCGGCCUUGGACAAUAAGAAGUACCACUGUAAUACCAAGAAGUUUAACUACCAUUUCCCAAAUAUUUAAGCAGCUGGCAGAGUGAAGAAGUGAUCAAUAAUUUGAAGGGAAAAAAAAGUAUAUAUUUGAUUCCUGUAUCGACUACAUAUCAGGAGAAAACACAGACGGAAAGCUGGAGGCCACCUGGCAAGUUAUGAAGAGAAAUUCCAGAGCCAGACUUCCAUGCUUGGUGGGGAUGUCCAGAGAAGAAAGCAAAAGCUUGCAGUUUCACUGUGUUUGUAUAUCUAAGCAGCGGGGCUGAAAGACAGAACAGAAACUCUAUCUACUGCCCUUAAAGACAAUAUAAGUCGCAUCUACUGCCUGUAGCUGCAACAGUAGAUCAUAUCAGAAGGCAGGCUUCAGCUUGCUUUCUGGCACAUGUCAAAAGGGGUUAUAAAAUGUCCAUAUGUAUUUCUCUAGAUCCUAGUAUAGCCUAUUUCUAAUGUUGGUUUCAAAACAUAUUUAAGUAUGAUUUUGGUCCCUGAAAUCAAAAUGUAUGUGAUUCUAUUUCCUGUAUGCUCUUUCCUGAUUUUUGUGUUUUAAGACAUGUUUUAGAAUAUCUAAGUUGAUCAAAAUAUCUAAUGUCUUAAAACUUUGUAGGUUUUGUGCGUAUAUAACCAUGAGAUACUUAGACUUCUCUUACAUAUACUUUUAUCUUUACCCUGAGAAAGAGUGCGUCCGGAAGGGAUAGGACAAGACCUACAGGCCUCACAGAAUGAGCCCAUCAGCCUGAAAAUAAUCAUCACUUCAUUCUUCAGCUCACCCUCAUACUUGAAGAUUGUUCUAUAAGCAAAACUACUAUAAUGCUCUGGAUUUAGACAAAAUUGCUUGUGAACUUUAAUUUGAAUCAGGAAACAUGUAGGUUAAUUGAAAUUCUCUCCUUGAAAUAUCUCUUAUUAUAUAUAUCAUGUAUAUGUACAUGUCUGUAAACACACAUUCCUACAAUUGUACACAUAUCUAUGUGUACAUACCAUGCUAAUGAAAAAGGCACAACAAACAAGGAAGUGGUCAACAGUGAGACUUAAAUUUACCUUUGAUCUGGUUUAUUAUUCCUAACAGCAAAGCUUUUCCUCCCUGCCCCUAGACACGGGCAAUGUAAGCCCCAUAUCAGCAUCUCACUUUCAUUUCCGGUUCAUGUGCUGCUAGUUCACAGUUCUCAGACACGGGCUUCGAAGCUCUACUGCAUCCCCAGAACAUCUCUUCUGCGCUCUCUUGACACCGCUCAGCCCCAGUCACUGAUCGCCAAGCAGUUCACUAAAUUCCGUCCUCUGUUCAGUAAUCUUGGCUACUCCCAGGCAAAUUACGACUUCCUAAAUAUAUAUAGCUUCUCCCACAGACCUGACAGGGGCUGAAUAACAGCUCCAAUAGUAUUCAAUUCCUCUUAAUAGCCGUGAUUUAAAUGACAAGGAAGGAUACCAACUUCUGUGAGUAGUUCAAAUUGCCUUUUUCCCCCGCUUAAAUCAAUAAAAAU